AUAUUGCUCCAGUAUUUAUGCCAAAGACACACCAGCACACAGACACUGGGAGAAGGACGUCUCACAUCCUUGGUGCUCUAGACCCCAGUUCACUUGGCCACAUUCGCCAUGUGUGAAGAGGAGACCACUGCACUCGUGUGCGACAAUGGCUCCGGCCUGUGCAAGGCUGGUUUUGCAGGAGAUGAUGCCCCCCGGGCUGUCUUCCCCUCCAUCGUGGGCCGCCCUCGCCACCAGGGUGUAAUGGUGGGAAUGGGCCAGAAAGACAGCUACGUGGGAGAUGAGGCUCAGAGCAAGCGCGGGAUCCUAACUCUCAAAUACCCCAUUGAACACGGCAUCAUCACCAACUGGGAUGACAUGGAGAAGAUCUGGCACCACUCCUUCUACAAUGAGCUGCGGGUAGCACCUGAGGAGCACCCCACCCUGCUCACCGAGGCCCCCCUAAAUCCCAAGGCCAAUAGGGAGAAGAUGACACAGAUCAUGUUCGAAACCUUCAAUGUCCCUGCCAUGUACGUCGCCAUUCAAGCUGUGCUCUCCCUCUAUGCCUCUGGACGCACGACAGGCAUUGUCCUGGAUUCAGGGGACGGCGUCACCCACAACGUCCCCAUCUAUGAGGGCUACGCACUGCCCCAUGCCAUCAUGCGCCUUGACCUGGCUGGCCGCGACCUCACGGACUACCUCAUGAAGAUCCUCACAGAGAGAGGCUACUCCUUUGUAACCACAGCUGAGCGAGAAAUUGUUCGAGACAUCAAGGAGAAGCUGUGUUAUGUGGCCCUGGAUUUUGAGAAUGAGAUGGCCACAGCAGCCUCAUCUUCCUCCCUGGAGAAGAGCUAUGAGCUGCCAGACGGGCAGGUCAUCACCAUUGGCAAUGAGCGUUUCCGCUGCCCCGAGACCCUCUUCCAGCCUUCCUUCAUUGGCAUGGAGUCUGCUGGAAUUCAUGAAACAACCUACAAUUCCAUCAUGAAGUGUGACAUUGACAUCCGUAAGGAUUUAUAUGCCAACAAUGUCCUCUCCGGGGGCACCACCAUGUACCCUGGCAUUGCUGACAGGAUGCAGAAAGAGAUCACAGCCCUGGCCCCCAGCACCAUGAAGAUCAAGAUUAUUGCUCCCCCAGAGCGGAAGUACUCGGUCUGGAUCGGGGGCUCCAUCCUGGCUUCUCUCUCCACCUUCCAGCAGAUGUGGAUCAGCAAGCCCGAAUAUGACGAGGCAGGGCCCUCCAUUGUCCACAGGAAGUGCUUCUAAUUCUAAAGUCAGAACAGGUUCUCUUGAGACUGUUCUGUUACCAAUCACGAGACAUUAAAACCUGCAAGCCUUA